AUGCUCAGAGCCCGCGGCGCCGUCCCAUCUGCUCCUCGUUGCCGCGACCCCGGCGCCGUCAGCGUUCGACACGCGACGUGCGUAGACCGGCGCCCUGUGAGCACCUGUGCCGUGCUGGGGUGUUGUUUUGGUUUCGUUCGUUUGUUUGUUUGUUGUGGUAGUGGGUGGUGGAUGAGAGUGGUUGUGUACGUUCUCGUCGGAUUGCCCGUGGUUGUGACAAGUGACUGUGACUCGAGUGGACUGACAGUGUGCGGGGUUGUGUCGGCGGCGGCGGCGGGGCGGCCGCGGGCCGGCGCGGAGCCAUGUAGCGUGGGCGGCGCGGGCGGCUGUGGCGCGGCAGCGCCGGCUUCGGGCGACGCGCCCUCUGGCGGCGGCGGCGGGGGCCAUUGCCAGUGCGAGGCGGGGGAGGUGUACCCCGUGGCCGACGUGGCCUUCUGCCACCUGGACCCGGCCUUCCCCAAGGUGGUGGUAUGGGUGGUGAAGCGCAAGCGGCCUCAACGGCUGAGCGCCACCCCCGACGGCAGCGCCACUGGGCUGCAGGCCAUCGUCUUCGAGUGCGUCAACGAACGCGCGCUCAAGAAGUUCUGCGCCAACUACCAGGAGAUGAGCCGGCGGGCGAAGCUCGACCAGUACAAGCACCCGCACCGGAGGAAAGACGUGACUCCCGCGUUCGCCACGCUCUACCGCGGGUACCUCCCGUCCGUCUCGAGGGAGAAACCGUCUCUGGAGUCGCAGAUCCAGCCGCUGGACAACCCCAAGACGAUCAAGUUGGAGCUGGAGCUGUCGAAGACCACGUACGACUCAAAGACGCUCAGUAAUGUCGGGUCACGAGGGCAGAAAGCUGCCCCGAAAACGCUGCCGAAGCCGACGUCGGCGCCGGCGGCGGUGAAGGAGGACGAGCUGCCGGUGGCGGCCAAGUUCAACCUGGUGCAGCGCACGGACGGGGACGGCGUGACGCACAUCGAGGUGGCGCGCGGGGCGUCGGACGCCGCCACGCCCCCUGCGCCCCGCGUCGAGACCAUCCCGGAGACGUCCACGGGCCCGUCCAGCAUCAUCAGCAUCAGCACGCCCGACGUGGGCAACCUCUUGACCACCGGACCGGCGUCGGGUGCGGCGCGUGCCUCGCGCCUGGGGAAGGAGAUCGAGGGCGUGAUCCGCAGCGACGUGGACGCCGCCUCGCGCCGCGAACCGCCGCGCCAGCGCCAACCCGCCAUCUUGGUGAUGAACCCCGAGGACGCCGCCUCCGAGCUGCACAAGGUGUGGAACCCGCCGGAAGCCGUCGCGGUCGCCGAGGACGACGACGAGGACCAGAAGGACGUGGUGACGGCGGAUCCUCCUCAGCGCCCCGAGCGCAGAAAGUACGUCCGGAAAAAGAACCCGGCCCCGCAACCCCCCGUCCAGCAAUCCCAACCCCCGAGAUCCGCCCCUUCCCCGGACCCGUACCAGAAGAAGCCCCUGGUGCCGUACAAGCCCGACUCCUUAUCCCGCGGCCAGAAGAUAGUCCGAGGCCAGUUCAUCCGCGUGUCCGUCGACCAACCGGUGGCCCCCGUCCAGCAACCGUGGAUCUUCGGCAGCACCUUCACCAACGGAUGGGACUCCCCGCGAGACCAUCUCUCGCGGCGCGGGCUGGACGACAUGUUCGCCGUCCAAGGCCACUCGCUGCGCCAGCACCCGCACAAGGGGUUGCAGCACCGCCGGAGCCGCAGCACGGGCGGCGCGGGCCGCAGCCGGAGCAAGAGCCCGCCCCUCGCCCGGAGGCCCAUGGCGUAUCGAUACAUCGACGUGGCCAACCCGCCUCCCCCGCAGCCGCCGCCGGCGUCCGCCGGGCGCUUCUUCGGGCUGUCGCAGAAACUGAAGGAGCUCGGCGGAGGCGGUGGGCACCCCAGUUAUGCGACGACCGCGCGGAGGCGGGGCAGCGCCGGCGAAGCCACCCAUUUGGCGGCGGCGGCGGCCGGCGGCCAGGCCUGCCACCUCAAGAGCGUCAUCAAGAAGAGCAAGCGCGCUGGAGAGUACAACAGAAAUUGUAAUGGAAGUAGCUGCUGUUCUUCAACUCGAAGUAUAAUGGUCCAGGAACGAGAUAAGCAUGAAGGCAGCAGCCAAAACACCGUCGAAAUGCACUCUUAUUUUGGGUGGCUGGAGGAACACUGGAAAAACCAUAAAUUGAAAGAAUGA